UUUAUUUUUCUUUAUCAUUCUUGCGGGUGAUAUUGUUGCUGAGGGCAAUUGAAAGCGAGGUAUUUGUUUACGUUUGGGAUGAGAUCGCUCCAUCCUUUAUAAUACAUCCUUCUUAGUUGAAAGCGAUGGCUUUUCGACGGAUCCCUCUUUUCGGAAAAAAGGUAUUCGGCAAAUGCAAGCGACGUUUCGUAAUAGUGGUAACGAGCUUUCCACUCAUUGCGUAUGUGAUGUUCUUUCUGACUCCUCCUGAAAGACGAAAGUUGAUUACUUUCGAAUACGCACAAUCUACGAUUGCUGCACCAGAAUGCCCUUGCAAUUACACUGACAAACAAGCCAGGGCGAUUGUCACAUCGACGGCAAGAACAAUUCCCUCUGCUGGAAGCGUCGCUCAUGACCCAUCAUUGUCUCCAGGAAGGUUAAAUGUACACGUAUGGUCUGAGAUAUGUGGAACGAGAGUUGACAAUUUACGAAAUUCUCCUCAUUUCCCUUACCUUCCUUGCAAGAGUUACUCCAUCUCUGAUUUUUAUACAAUUAAACCUCUAGACACCAGAAAUAGCGCAGAAAGGAUUUUUGGAUUUGUCCAUCCACGUUUAAGCGGCGAGUAUAAGUUUGCCAUCGUCUCAGAUGGCACUUCAGAGUUGUGGCUGAGUAGAAAUGAAGAUCCCGCUUCAAGCCAGAUGAUCGCCCUCGUUUAUUCUCCUCAUGGAUCGGCUUGGACUGAAGAACGAGACUUCAAGGAGUAUCCUGGCCAAAUUUCUAAAGAAAUGUUUCUUUACGCUGGCAGCAAAUAUUACAUCGAGACUUUGAGUAGACCUGGUUCCACAGUCAUGCAUCUGUCUGUAUACUGGUCUUACGGCUCUUCCAGUUCAUCAUUUGAAAUUAUUUCCUCGCAAUAUUUGUCGAGUUUUGCUAAAAAUAGUAAUAGUGAAGCCAUCCCCCCUCACGCGGGAAAACAACCAAAAAGUUCACUUCCAAGCAAGAGCAAAUUGUAUGAUUUUAAUCGUCUGCCAUUUGUAAAUAGACAAGAUUACGGUGGCGUAAUUCCAACUUGUCGUUACAGUCCAAGUUUUUUAGUGCGAAGAAAGCUUCGACAGUACGAGGGUGUCUGGUUACCAAAGCAGUCACUGAUAUUCCCAGACGAUGACACAGACAUGUUCAAAAGUGCCUCAAACCCGAACUGGUUCAAACCCAAUACACAUGUCGAUAGAAACACGGUUGAAUCUGUCGUGAACCAGCUCAUGGUCUCUUUGCGGCCCAGGAACUACUUCUUGAAGAAAAUCCAUAAGGUUACUCAAAAGCCAGACCCCAAUUAUGGCGAUCGGUUCUUGGUGAGCCUCGAACUCGGCUUGGACAACACCAAUCAAUCAUUUCGACUGUCAGAACACGUGUAUCGGAAAAAGGGAAAUAAAAACUUGUGUCUUCCUAAGGACUUCAUAUGGAAUAACAGCGCCACAGUGUACUUCAUUCUUCCUGUCAAGGAUCAAGGAAAGUGGGUGCAUCAUUUCAUCAAUCAGCUGACCGAUGCCAGCUUAUUAACCAGUGAUACGAACUUUCACGUCAUAGUUGCUGAUUUCGAAAGUAAAGAUAUUGAUAUGGACAAAGCGUUUAACACAUCUCUUCUCAGCAGUAGACAUACUAUUGUUUCAUUAACGGGAAAAUUCUUCAAGACUCUCGCUCUAAACAAGGCCGUUCAACUGGUCCCAAAUGCGCAUGACAUAAUUUUCCUGUUUGAUCUACAUAUUGAUGUGCCCGCAAACAUUAUGGACAGUGUUAGAAUGAACACUAUUGCAGGUCGAAUGGCUUACUUUCCUGUAGUUGGUCGUCUUAAUUGUGGAAGUACUCCUGUAGAACACGAAGGUUUUUGGCAAUUGGAUGGAUUCGGAAUUAUGGCGAUUUAUAAAUCAGACUGGGACAGAUUCGGUGGAAUGAACACUAAAGAUUACAAGUACAAGUGGGGCGGGGAGGAUUGGGAUCUACUCGACCGUGUGCUGAUGCUGUCGGUGGAAGUGGAACGAAUCAGGCAUCCAGGCCUCUAUCAUCAUUAUCACGAAAAACAAAAAAUGUGGAAUUAAAGCUUGAUAAUCUGGAAAUGAUUGGCCAGAUCUAGGAUUAUUGCUAAGGGAAUUGUACCGCGGCUGCAUCUAGGCUCGAUUGCCACCGCUUCCUGCCUAAUCGAGCUUAGGCUGUAUCCCGAGACCGAAAAAGUAUUUCUUCAUUUGAAUCAGUCAUUAUCCCAAAGGGAAUCAUCGUGAGCGUGACUUCAAGGACUUCAAGAAGUCAAGA